AUGGCUGCUACUAUUCGAGGUGUAUUGAUAGAUUUAUCAGGCACAUUACAUGUUGGCAAUAAGGCUUGCGAAGGAGCCAUCGCUGGCUUAAAGAAACUUCGACAAGUUGAUAUACCUAUUCGAUUCUGCACUAAUACAACUAAAGAGAGUGUCAUAAAAUUAGAAAAUCGAUUGAUGAAUUUAGGAUUUGAGGUUCACAGACGCGAGAUAUUCACUUCAUUAAUUGCAUGUCGUAAUAUAGUUUUAUCUCGCGAAUUAAGACCAUUAUUGUUUCUUGAAGAUGCAGCUCUUGAAGAUUUUCAAGGAAUCCCAACAGGAGAACCAAAUGAUGCCGUCGUUGUAGGCUUAUCUCCAUCAAAUUUUCAAUACGAUAUGUUAAACAAGGCUUUUAGAAUCCUAAUUAGCAAUAAAAAUACAACUUUUAUUGCUAUUCACAAAGCAAAAUAUUUUGCUGAGCAAGAUGGAUUAAGUUUAGGACCUGGUCCUUUUGUGGAAUGCUUAGAAUAUGCGAGUGGAGUAAAGGCUACCGUUGUUGGCAAACCAGAGAAAAGUUUCUAUGAAUUGGCUCUCAAAGACAUGGAUUUAUUGGACAAGUCGAAUCAAGUAGUUAUGGUUGGAGAUGAUGUUGCAAACGAUUUAGGAGAUGGUGCCAGGGAAUUAGGCUUGAUAAGAUAUCUUGUCAAGACUGGCAAAUAUAGGAAUGGAGAUGAAUUGCGCGAUGGAGGCGUAAAUGGUCUCUUUGAGAAUUUUGGAGAGGCGGCCGAUUUCAUCGUGGAACAAUUCAAAAAAUAG